CGUUCAUGCGGGUGGUCCGAAAUUGCCAACAUCGCAUGCUUCUCGGCUAGCCUUUGAGAGAAGAGGAAAUUCACGGAGAGCAGAGGAGAUCUAUGCCGGUUCACAAGCGGUGGUGAAGAGAGCUCCGAUUGAAGCAGAUGUUAAACUUGAAUGGUUCUGUAGUGAAGAAAUCUCGAGAAAGUGGUUUCUUGUUAUGUGGUUUGUGUGGCAAUAUGCUGGUCUUAAAAUCAACCAAGUGUGCAGAAUGUCAACUUUGCAAAACAACGAGAAAUGCUAAAGAUAUCAUUGACAAGAACAUAGCUUACACAGUUUCUGUUGAGGAUAUCAGAAGAGAAUUAGGAAUAUCUCUGUAUGAUGAAAAUGUGCAGGAAGACGCAGAGCUGCUACAGAUCAAAAAGGCGUGAGAGAAAUGCCAACACCGAAAGCUUGUAUACACAACCAGACAGAUAUAAGUUUUAGAUUCUUUGUUUCAAGUUCUUGUCUUUUUUAAUUCAACUUCAACGACAAUUUAAGUGAAGCUUUUAGUUCAUUUCUGCUGUCAA